AUGAGAAACAGAAUCAAAUUCUUCUUCUGGUUUUCGGCUUUUAUUGUCAUCCUUUCCAUUCCAGUUCCUCUCAAUCUUAACACCAUCCCUUCUUCUUCUUCUUCUGGCCUUAGUAUUACAACUUACAGUUUUGGAGUUGCCAUCUUCGAUCGGUUGGUGAAGCAAAAUGGCAUUGACGUCUUCCUUUCUCUCAUGAGGCGUGGCUUUCCCGGAAGAGUUUAUCACCCCCGCCGUCCUGUGAGGAGGUGGAGGAUCAACUGUGACAAUCACUUCAAAUGGGCGUCUAGGGUUGCUUUGGACUAUAAUGGGUCCCUUAUCUUGACGGUGGAUUUGAAUGGAUGUGCCAACUUCAGUAGCGUUCAGAAGGCAGUAGAUGCUGCCCCUGAAUAUAGCUCCACCAGGACUCUCAUCUUAAUUGAUCCCGGAGUUUACAGGGAGAAGGUAGUUGUGCAAUCUAACAAGACAAAUUUGAUAUUCCAAGGAAAGGGUUAUCUCAAGACAUCCAUAGCAUGGAAUGACACUGCAAAUUCCACAGGAGGGACCAUCUACAGUGCCUCAGUUGCCAUCUUUGCUCCCAACUUCAUAGCUUGUGACAUUAGCUUUCAGAACACAGCUCCUUCAGCAUCUCCUGGGGAUGUUGGUGCUCAGGCAAUAGCAGUGAGGAUUGCAGGUGACCAGGCUGCAUUUUAUCGUUGUGGCUUCUAUGGUGCACAGGACACGCUUCAUGAUGAUAAGGGGAGGCAUUACUUCCAAGGAUGCUUCAUCCAAGGCUCUAUUGAUUUCAUAUUUGGGAAUGCCAGAUCUCUUUAUGAGGACUGCACAAUUAAUUCAAUAGCUAAGCAGGUUCCCAUGGAGAUCAGUGGAUCCAUCACAGCACAUCAAAGGCGGUCGACGAAUGAGAAGACAGGGUUUUCUUUUGUGAAUUGCAGCAUUGGUGGCUCAGGAAGGGUGUUGCUCGGCCGAGCUUGGGGCGCCUAUGCUUCUGUUAUCUUUGCCAGAACAUUCAUGUCUGAUAUCAUAGCUCCAGAAGGAUGGAGCGACUGGAAUGAUCCCUCCAGAGAUGGGACUGUCUUCUUUGGGGAAUAUGAGUGUGUUGGAGCAGGAGCAAACUACACACUCAGGACAGCAUACAGUAAACGACUAAGUGCUCCUGAAGUAAGUCCAUAUAUUGAUAUUUCAUAUAUUGACGGGGACCAAUGGCUUCUUCCUCUUGGAAAGAGUUUAUCUGUCAUCUGAAUCUCCCAAUCGCCAUUAACAAAGAGGAUUUGUGCAGACAUGCAUACUAAUUUGUACACUAGUCUUGGGUUGUAUACAUGGAAAUGGAAACUGAGACCUGCAACUUAGCCAAAUGGUAUUUGAAAGGUGAUUCAGUGGGAGUUGUGU